AUGGCAACGACAUACGCCGCCGUCGGCGUCGACGCCAGCGAUUCAGACCGCCCGCUCUCGCCAUCGGAUCUGCCGCCCGUCCCGACCUCGCCCACCAUGAGCUUCGCCUCGACCACGAACCCGCUCUCGACCUACGCCGCCCUGCCGCCCCCGCCCCCGCCGCGGCCCGCCCACACGGUGCUGACGAAAGCCGACCUCGACGCCUCCCAGGCCGCCUACUCGGACCUCCUCUCCUCCGCAAAGGCCUACCGCCAGGCCCUCGCCGCCCUCGGCACCGCCGCAUCGGCCUUUGGCGGCGCCCUCGAGGCCUGCGCCCGCCUCAAGGAGGCCCGCGCCCCGGCCCUGGCGCCGCUGGGUCUUGCCCCCACCGGCGGCGCCUCCACCGAUACGCAGAGCAGCACCGUUGGUGGCGGCGGGCCGCCGACGAGCUCAAUGAGCGCCUCGCUCACGGCGCACUCGUCGGCCCCCGCCACGGCCGCGUCGUCUUGCACGGCCGACCAGCUGCUGGCGGCCGCGGGACUGCAGCACCUGAUCGCGAACCACCAGCAGAUCCUGGGCGAGACGGUGUACCGGUCCUUCGAAGUGCCGCUGCUGCACGAGCUCGACAAGUGGCGGCGCGACGUGGACGACGAGCAGGCCUCGUACGAGGCUGCCGCGCGCACGCGGGGGCGAGAGAUCCGGCGCCUCGAGAAGGAGGGGCUCAAGCUGCACCGCCAGAACAAGCGCCGCGACGUGGCCAAGUUCCGCGGCCACCUCGUCGAGCUCACGGCCCGGCUGGACGGCCUGACGGUGCUGCACGCCGACCACGCGCGCGCGCUGCUACGCGACGGCCAGGAUACGAGCGUCAAGGUGCUCGACGCCGCGUGUGGCAUCGCGCGCGCCGAGGUCGACAUCUUCGAGAGCCUCGCCCGCAAGGGCUGGACCGGCGGCGGGCUCGAGGACCUGCUAGAGCGCGGCGCCGACCUGUUUGCGAGCGACGGCGACGGCGCCUCCAUCCUAGCCGACUCGGCUAGCGAGACGACGCGCCCGGGCCACCACCGCGCCGACAGCCUGCUGGUCGAUGACGACGAGCCGUACCAGAGCCUGGCGCGCGCCUUGUCGUCGGCCCAGCGCAGCAACCGAGGGGUCAUGAGGGACGACGAGAGCUUCGUGUCGCAGUUCAACCAGUCCCGCGGCGUCCGGCCCUUCUCGCCCCAACCCCAGCCCGUCGACCCGGACGAACUGCCGAUGGGUUCCGACAGCAGCGGCCGCACCAGUAUAGCCGGAACCCCGCGCCCGCUGUCACGUAUCGCGAGAGGCGGCGACGGCAAUGGCGACGACGACGAGCACGGGCAACAGCAACACGAGGCGACGCUGAUAUCGCCAUCGCCGCCGCAACUCGAGGAGCCGACGCCGAGGGCGUCGCGCAUCUUCAAGGUGCUCCACCACGACGGUGACGGCGUGAGCGCCAGUGUCGACGGGUCCGAGGACGGGGACCCGUGGCGAAACGAGCGGUCGCCGUCAACGCCCGCAGGCAAGGAUGGCGACGAUGGCGGGGGGCCGCAGCUCGAUCACACACAGACGCCGCGGCCCGACCGGUGAAUGCCCACAUCCCCGCCAUCGAUCACGACAAGCGAGGGUUCACCUCCCACUCCCGUCCAUAGCGAUCGUUGCAACGUCUUUUUUGCCGCUUUUGGGUGCAUUGGGGGGCUGCGCUACGCCGUCUUGGGCCCCCAUGGCUCGUCGUUGGCGAGCUAUAUCUUGACUGUUUUCAAAACACCAAGCAUCAUGUCCACCACCUUUCCCAUCUACAUGUCCUCCUCCCCCUCCAUUUCCCCACAUCUCUGGAGCAUUCCCAUUGUAUCGGCGUUUGAUUUCUCGACUGAUUAUAGAAGCGUCAUAUGGGCCUUGUUGUGUUUCAAGUGCGUUCGCUAGGUAGUUUGCUGCUCCCCGUUUCCUCGAGUUGCGCAUCAUAGUCUUGUCUUUUUUGUUUGUUUGCAUGGCUCUGGACUCGUAUUUUUGGAUUCACGGCCAAUGGUGGCCCAUGCCUCGUGUUCUCUUUCCCUUACGAUGCCUCUCUCUUUUCUUUUCUUAUUGGAUUAGGUAUAUAGUAGGCAUUUCUGUCUACCUCAAACGGAACAACAGCCGUCACUACCCACGAUCCUUGGUAGAUCAGAUAACCUUGAGCCGCAGCUUUCCCCCGAUCAGCGCCGGCCUUCCGGCUCGGCGCCCGCGGGGUGUGCGUGUGUGUGUGUGUUCGAGCUGGCCACGUGGUCCAGGGAUCCCAGGAAGAAGCAUCGAAGCGAUCGUGAUCGGGAGGUGGGGUGAGAGCAAGGGAAAGAGGGAGAGAGCGACAUGGACGUGGUAUGACAAGCAGCGGGUUGAUGGCAUUGAGCAUUCCAGACGGGCGUACGGGUGGCCCGAACCGGGCGCAUCCAUGGCUUUCCAGGGCCUCGCGUUGCCGCGCCGAAGGCAGAUCGAGGGCUUCCUUUUUGUUCUUUUGCCGCCUGUUUUCAAUGCAUUCGCCUUGCCCAUGGCUGCGUCACCCAUACCUAGGUAGACUACAAACCAUAGAUACCAGCCGUCCCAGCCCUGGGAAAUCGACCGAGGCGCGUUUCUGUUUCGAUUUCGUGGAGAGAAAAAAAGACAAAUCAAUCUAGAUGCUACACGUCCAAGCCACC